CCGGCCGUCACGGGUGUCGAGUGUGUGCCCUUUACAGGUUGUCAUAUACUAAUCAAUCUAGUGCAUCUUUAUCUCAUUCAAUCAGAAUCUAAUGUUUACAGGUCGAGGUUAAGCCAUGAUUCUACCUGUCUUUGUUAAAUGACCUCUUCUGAGCUCCUCCUUCAAAGAUGGAUUUUUAUAAAUGUGACAUGGACUUUUUUUUCAAAAUGGUGAUUAUAUGUUUGUGUUUAAAACGAUGAUAUGAAAGGAUAAUAGCCUUAAUUCUCAAUUGACUGGCUUAAUGGGUCGUGUUUUGACUCUGUGCCUUAUUUUGGCUACAGUGUCAUGUUCAAGUUCGACUAAUUUAGCCAAAUUAUCUUCGACAAUUCACAAAAUUGGUGAUGUUCUUAAAAGACUGAAAAACGAACCAACAACAACAAAAGAUGGCCAUGUUUUGAAGAAACCAAUUGGUGCAACCUUGGAUGACACACUGGAAGGUUCUGGUAAUAUUCCUGGAAAAUUAACCAAAGAAGAGAGGAAUGUUAAUAAUAAGAUUAAAAACAAAUUCUCUGGAAACAAGAAACUACAAUCUAGACAUAAGAAGGACCAUGGAAUACCACAAGCAAUGAAGCCUUUACAAGUGGUAGCAACUUCAGCUGUCAUUAGAAAUCGCUUAAAUAAACAGCCUCGAGUUUCCCCAAAACCUGUCAAAGCCAUACACGUUUGGGGGCAGACACCUUUCAAUACCGUCGUCAGUAAUAUUAUGAAAAUGAAUGAAAGAUUGAGAGAGGAACAGCAACAGAAAAGACUUAUUCAACAAUUUCAGGACAAUCGUUUGCAGGAAUUUAGUCCUGUUCAAACCCCAGAAAUUAAGACACCUCAGCUUCCGAUUUCUGACUUUCAAUUGCCAAUGAAAGAGCCAACCUUACAAGGAAAACUACCACAAGUCAUCCAAAUAAAUGAACAUGAAGGAGAUUCAAAGAAUGUUGAAACUCCAGUCGACGAGGGUGCUGAUGCACGUGGUGUUUUACAGAGACCUAUAAUUCUCGGGGAUCAAAUAAAUCACGAAGCUCCUCAAACAUUAGCACAACCUAAUGAGCCACAAGAAGAUUUCUAUAAUCACUAUGUUCAGCAGUACAACCCUCAUGAAAGGGAAGAGCAAGAACAGGCCCAAGAACGGGCACAAGAACAAGUGCCAGAAAUCCAAGAACAGGAACCAUUGCGAAAUCAUUACAGAAGACACCAUUUUCAUCAUCAUUCCACCGUGAAAACCAAACCCAAAUGUGAUCCCAAUCCCUGCUUGAAUGACGGGGUUUGUACAGCUUUUCUACAUGACUAUGAGUGCACUUGUCCAAUAGGAUUCAUGGGUAGACAUUGUGAAGAUAUCAAUCAGUGUCUACCCAAUCCUUGCAAGAACAAUGGUAACUGCUAUCCAACAAAGACAGGGUUCCAGUGUACCUGUGUUCAUGGCUACAAGGGUGAAAACUGUGAAGCCAUCAGCAAGUGUAUACCUAAUCCUUGUAAGAACAAUGGUGUAUGCCAGGAACCAAUAAGAUCCAGUCAAGACUAUCUGUGUAUAUGUAGCCCUGGUUACAAAGGAAGCAACUGUCAAGAGAAGGAUUACUGCGGCACUCACAACCCAUGUAGAAAUGGUGGAUCAUGUAUUAACGGCGAGUCUUCUCGUCUCUGUCGCUGUCGCGAUGGAUACACGGGACCAGAUUGUGGAGACAUUGAUGUUUGUCAUUCAAGUCCUUGUUCUAAUGGAGGAACAUGCAUCUCGAGUGGAGCAGGGAUGUUCAAGUGCCAGUGUUCAUACAUGUACAGCGGUUAUACAUGUGAAGAAAAGAGUUCUCGAUGUGCCGCACUUCCUUGUCAGAAUGGAGGAACCUGUAUUGAAUUAGACAACAACAAUGGUGGCUUCCGCUGUGAAUGUUCUUCGCAUUACAGUGGGGUGUUGUGCCAAAAUACCCGAAAUCCCUGCGAACAAAAUCCUUGUGGACACAAUGGAAGGUGUCUGGCGUCAGGUGACUCCUAUGUCUGCGUCUGCGAACCAGGAUUCAGCGGUACAACCUGUGAAGUUCAUCUUACCACCAUGUGUCAGGGCUGUGACAUGAAUGCUAAGUGUAUCGCUGGCAAGUGCGUAUGUUUGCCUGGCUUCAAUGGCAACGGCAAUGUAUGUGAAGUUCUAUACUCGCAUGGAUCCAACGAAACUCAGCAUGAGUCGGUCCCUUCCAAGUGUCACCCAAAUCCUUGCUACAAUGGCGGCAUCUGUAAAGAAACUGAGAAAAGUUUCACAUGUGAAUGUGUAGACAACUUCGUUGGACUCACGUGUCAGGAGACACUGCCUUGUAAUAGUCAACCAUGUCAACAUGGAGGGAUGUGCGUAGAUGAUAGGAAGUCUGGUACCUACACUUGCCAGUGUGAAAAAGGAUACAAAGGAAAAAAUUGUGAAGAGCCAACAGCCUGCGAGCCAAAUCCUUGUGAAAAUGGAGCAACAUGCACCCCAAGAGGAAACUCGUACGUGUGCAAAUGUACCAAACGUUUUCAAGGCCCAAAAUGCGAAGAGGAUAAGUGUUCUUUAUGUGAUGUACAUGCGCACUGUGAAGAUGGCAAGUGUGUUUGUGACAAUGGAUAUUCAGGCGAAGGAACAAAGGAUGAGUGUUUCAGAGAUGGAGCCUCAAAUCCCAGGUUUUGUUUACCAAAUCCAUGUAAAAAUGGCGGAUCUUGUCAAGAGUUACCCAAUGGACAUAGUUGCAUUUGUUACGAAGGAUUCUCUGGCGACAACUGUGAACUGGGUUUAGGUGCGGCUCCUCCUAAACCUAAACCAGACCCUUGUGCAUCAAACCCAUGCCAUCACGAUGGCACAUGUAUCAACGAAGGGAACACGUUUCGUUGUAAUUGCACUGCUGCAUACCAAGGAAAAACAUGCCAGGAAGAAGCUCCUCAUUUUUGUCACCCAAACCCGUGUCUUCAUGGAGGUACAUGCCAAGAAACCGGAAGUGGAUACACGUGUAAAUGCCCUGGUGCCUACAGAGGACAGAACUGUGAUGUUGACGAUUGUGACCAGUGUGAUAUACAUGCCAUCUGUAUACAUGGAGCUUGUCGGUGCCGCAUAGGAUACAAAGGAGACGGAUUACAGUGUGAAAAAAUUAAGCGAUGUCAUCAGUGUCACAAAUAUGCUUCAUGUGUCGCUAAUGAAUGUAUCUGUAACCCUGGAUAUACUGGUAAUGGACAGAUUUGCAGUGCCGAAACUUGCCAAGAUGGCUGCCCUUCUAAUUCACAUUGUAUGCGAGGCGUGUGCGUGUGUGGCAAAGGCUACUAUUUUGAUGGGAAACAUUGCUUAGUGCCACCAGCUACGGCUGAAAUUCCACCAUGCCCUGCUAAUUGCGAAGCGAACUGUUUGUCUUCUUGUCCUCAACACUGUUGCAAAGUUACGGUACAUCCAAUCACAGUACAAACAACGGAUACAUGUCCGCAGCACUGCAGUGCCACUUGCGCUCCAACAUGUCCUCCGAAAUGCUGCUCAAAACCAUACCUUCCAAGCGCAGCCCAAACGGUUGAGUGUCCAACAGAUUGCAAUUCAGAUCACUGCGCACCAUCAUGUCCUUCUCAAUGCUGCUCGCACAACACGUGCCCAAGUGUUUGCCAUGAAAAAUGUCAGCCUUUUUGUCCGAUCCGAUGUUGCUCCCCUGAUGAAAUACCUCCACCCAUUAACCCAACCGCUCUAGCCCCGCUUAUGGAUAUCGAUGAAGGAGGCACUGCUGCACCUGUUGUCACUUCCUGUCCUGCGCAGUGCAAAUCAGGUUGUCAAGCUUCCUGUCCAGCGCAAUGUUGUGAGAUGGAUACAACAUUGGGAAAUGCUGUAAGCCGUUCUUUACUUAAAACUAAGCCUAAAUCAGGAUCGAGUUCUAAACACACAACUGUAAAGAAAAAGACUUCGUCUGUAAAAGCAUCACAAUCAGUAGCUUCUGUCUCUGAGUUGUCCCCUGAGCGUAAGGAAAAACUUAUUCAUACUUUAUCGGCGCUUCUCAGCAGUCCACUUGGAAAAUGUCCUGAAGAAUGCGAAACCGAUUGCUCUUACUUGUGCCCUGCACCUUGUUGUAAAAUAAAAAGCAAGAAAAAGACAAUCAUUGAGAUAAAUACUAAUGAUGAAGGACAAAAAAAUGCUAAAAACAUGCCGGACCAACCCGAUUUUGAUCUAGAGUUAGAUAGGUAAAAGGUAAAUGUGGUGAUGAAAGCAAUAACUGUAAAUAUCUUAUAAAUCUAAUAAAAUAAUAUUUUAUAAA